AUGACAACAAACAGGAAUGUUGAUCAAUGGGCAAAGCCGAGAUAUUUCACCGAUUAUCCAGGUAAAGCUUAUGAAGUGACUAAAGUUGACUUUAUUACUUUUGUCAACAUCGAUUUUCUUGACAUGGAAUUGCUUGGUAGUUUUUCUAAACGUUUGGGUUAUACAACUAUAGGAUACUGGUAUCAUAUGCCAACUGAAAAACAUUGUGGUUUGUCGAUGAUUCCAAUUUUAGAUGAUGAUGCUUUGCGAAAUUUCAAUGCAAUAGUUAGGGCACAUCAAUUUUGUGAGAUUGAACAUCUCUAUGUAGAACACAAGCUAGUAUAUGUGCCAACCAAUUUCCCCCACUUCAUGAUGAACUCACUAGCCAAAAGAGUUGAGAAGCUCAUUCAUCUCUUUGUAACAGAACACCUAAUGCCAACAGUUGAUGAUGGAAUAACAUUCAUCAAGCAUAUGCUAAACAUGACCAUUCCAAGAGGAAAGAUGGAAGAUGCAAUGGACAUGGCCAAGGAGAAUGUUAUUUCAUGGAAAAACUUAGUGUAG